CUGCAACCGGCAGCAGCAGAAGAAAGGCGAAGCAGCUGCAGCUCGGGCUCCCCAGCAGCGCGCUACAGCCAGGGGAGGCGUAACAAAGGCAGCAGAGCCGCUUUCUGCGGCAACUACUGCGCCUACAGCCGGGUGGUCGCGGGGGGAGGGCGGGAGCCGCCGCUCUUUGGCCGCUUCCCAUUCCGAGCCGCCGCCUUCCCUCCGCGCCCGGCCGGCAGGUCUGAGUGAGGAGGUGCCCGCCAGGCUGCGGAGAACAGGUUGAACUCCAAGAUGUCCCUGGGGAGAGAUAUGGAGCUGGAGCAUUUUGAUGAGCGUGAUAAAGCUCAGCGGUAUGGCAGAGGGUCCCGGGUGAAUGGUUUGCCCAGCCCUACCCACAGUGCCCACUGCAGCUUUUACCGAACCCGUACUCUACAGACCCUGAGUUCUGAGAAGAAAGCCAAGAAAGUUCGUUUCUACCGUAAUGGAGACCGCUACUUCAAAGGGAUUGUAUAUGCCAUCGGCCCUGACCGCUUCAGGUCCUUCGAGGCUCUCCUGGCUGACCUGACCCGAACUCUGUCCGACAAUGUGAACCUGCCCCAGGGAGUGAGAACAAUCUACACAAUUGAUGGCUCCAAGAAGAUUUCCUCCUUGGACCAGCUAGUAGAAGGGGAAAGUUAUGUAUGUGGUUCCAUAGAACCCUUCAAGAAACUGGAGUACACAAAGAAUGUAAACCCUAACUGGUCAGUGAAUGUUAAGACAACUUCUACUUCUCGUUCAGUGCCAUCUCUUGCCACUGCUAAAGGAGGUGCUCCAGACACAAAAGAGAAUAAGGAUUUCAUUAGGCCUAAACUGGUCACUAUCAUCAGGAGCGGAGUGAAGCCACGGAAGGCAGUCCGGAUUCUGCUCAACAAGAAGACAGCACAUUCCUUUGAACAGGUUCUUACUGAUAUAACCGAUGCCAUCAAGCUGGAUUCAGGGGUGGUUAAACGCUUGUACACGCUAGAUGGAAAACAGGUGAUGUGCCUUCAGGAUUUUUUUGGCGAUGAUGACAUUUUUAUUGCAUGUGGACCAGAAAAGUUCCGUUACCAGGAUGAUUUCUUGCUGGAUGAAAGUGAAUGUCGGGUGGUGAAAUCUACUUCCUAUACUAAAAUAGCUUCGAGUUCACGUAGGAGCACCACCAAAAGCCCAGGCCCAUCCCGACGCAGCAAGUCUCCUGCUUCUACUAGCUCAGUGAAUGGAACCCCUGGUAGCCAACUUUCUACUCCCCGCUCUGGGAAGUCUCCAAGCCCAUCUCCCACCAGCCCAGGAAGCCUACGGAAACAGAGGAGCUCCCAACACAGUGGCUCCUCUACCUCAUUAGCAUCCACCAAAGUUUGCAGCUCUAUGGAUGAAAAUGAUGGCCCUGCAGAAGAAGUGUUGGAGGAAGGUUUCCAGGUUCCAGCGUCGAUAGCAGAGCGAUAUAAAGUUGGAAGGACUAUAGGAGACGGAAAUUUUGCUAUUGUGAAGGAGUGUAUAGAAAGAUCAACUGGUAGAGAAUAUGCUCUGAAAAUAAUCAAGAAAAGUAAAUGUAGAGGAAAAGAACACAUGAUCCAGAAUGAGGUAUCUAUUUUAAGACGAGUCAAGCAUCCCAAUAUUGUACUUCUGAUUGAGGAGAUGGACAUGCCAACUGAGUUGUACCUUGUGAUGGAACUUGUAAAGGGAGGAGAUCUUUUUGAUGCUAUUACUUCCACCAACAAAUACACCGAGCGGGAUGCCAGUGGGAUGCUUUACAAUCUGGCCAGUGCCAUCAAAUAUCUUCACAGCCUGAACAUUGUCCACAGGGAUAUCAAGCCAGAGAAUCUACUGGUUUAUGAACACCAAGAUGGAAGCAAGUCCCUGAAGUUGGGAGACUUUGGCCUAGCAACAAUUGUGGAUGGACCUCUAUAUACUGUCUGUGGGACCCCAACAUAUGUAGCUCCAGAAAUCAUCGCUGAAACUGGAUAUGGCUUGAAGGUGGACAUCUGGGCAGCGGGUGUGAUUACUUACAUCCUGCUCUGUGGUUUUCCUCCAUUCCGUGGAAGUGGAGAUGACCAAGAAGUGCUUUUUGAUCAGAUUUUGAUGGGACAGAUGGAUUUUCCAUCUCCAUAUUGGGACAAUGUUUCUGACUCUGCAAAGGAACUUAUCACAAUGAUGCUUCAAGUAGAUGUAGAUCUGCGAUUCUCAGCCUUGCAAGUUCUUGAGCAUCCAUGGGUUAAUGAUGAUGGCCUUCCAGAGAAUGAACAUCAGCUCUCAGUAGCUGGGAAGAUAAAGAAGCAUUUCAACACAGGCCCUAAGCCGAACAGCACAGCAGCUGGAGUUUCUGUCAUAGCACUGGACCACGGGUUUACCAUCAAGAGAUCAGGGUCUUUGGACUACUACCAACAACCAGGAAUGUAUUGGAUAAGACCACCGCUCUUGAUAAGGAGAGGCAGGUUUUCCGACGAAGACGCAACCAGGAUGUGAGGGGACGUUUUAAGGCUCAGCAAGCUCCACCCGAACUCAACUCCGAAUCGGAAGACUAUUCACCAAGUUCCUCCGAGACUGUUCGCUCACCUAACUCACCCUUUUAAUAAAACACUUUUUCUCAAAAGCCUUGGCUUUAACCCUUUGAGACCCUGAAACUACUUCAGGCCUGUGUGGAGUAAAUACAGCUGAUCUAUCCGGCAAUAAAAGCUGGGAUGGUGGAACACAAAAGGGUGCUCACAGAAUCUUUGUAAGAAUAAUUUCCUAAUUGAUUGAAAUACUUGUUCUCUGUUUAGAUUGCAACUUGCUGCUAAUAAGAUCCUCAAAGGGUUAAGGCUAUUUUGCUUUUUUAUUUAAAGAUAGAAGCAGUGAAUGUUUUCAUCAGUGGAGCUAGGAACUGCAGUAUGUAAUUUUAGCACAUGUUAACCCUCUGAGUAAAUGAUCACCUUAAAUCUUGACAACCCAUAUUAGGGUUUUAUUCUGGCUUUUUUGCUUUUAUACGCACAUAUCUUUUAUAGUAUCCUGAACUUCCUUGCCUGUUUCUGGCCAAAAAUAUAACAAAUGUACUAUUGCUUAGGAAUUAUAAAUAUAGGCUUAAAAAUGAAAAUAAAAUUAAACAAAUGGUAUCUUCUGCAGCAGCUCAUUCCAAACCUGCAUUGUAUUUCCACACGGAGUGACUGUUAUUGGAGGAUAUGGUGCAGGGCUAAGUGGGAAAUUCAGUUUAGGUCAUUCUCAUGGUUUACAGAAGAUGACAUGAUGGUGGCCACAAAGGAUUGCUUCCAUAUAGUUUGCUGCUAAUGAUAAUGCUGAGUUUUGGGAAAUUGCUUGAGGACACAUUCUGCCAUGUAACCGUAUGUAACGAUCUAGUUGAAAAGUUCCUGGUUCCUUUGCAUUACAUUCAGGAAUGCACAGGCAUCCUCUCAGCAUGAUCUGGCUAUUCUGGCAGAGCCAUUUAAAAAGAUUAACACUGAUGAGCAUUACCCUUUAAAUAGCUAGAGUACUUCUAAAUCGGGAAAAAUACAAGUCAUUUAAAAUGUAUGUAAAGCCUAAACAGAAUUAGCAGAAGUUUUGUCUUUAGAAUGGAGAAACUAAAAAUGAUUCACCAGUUUUAUUUGUAAUAUUUAAUAAAAUGGGCAUUUACACAGAGUAUAUAUAUAUAUAUUACUGGUUUGUUAAAACCUCAAGACAACAUUAUAGCUUUUUAUUUGACCAUUAUCAUAAAGUUGGCUUCCACAGAAAUAUUACACUGUGUAGACUUUUGCUUCAGAUGUGAUAAUUUGGAAAAAAAAAAAGAUGGCUCAGAAUUUCACUUGAAUGAAAGAAACAACUUUCAAAAUCAUGUUCUAAAAUAAAAAACAUUGUGAAA